GACUGCUUUCACCCUUGGCAACUCCUUUGCUGAGGUUACACUCCAGGUUUGAUCCCCUAUACUGCAGGACUCUGUGAGCAAAGGAUCCUCAGAAGUAGUAGGAUCCUGGAGAUGGCUUCUAUGGCUUCAGCAGUGUUGGAAAACAUGAAGGAGGAGGUGAUGUGCCCCAUCUGCCUGGAGCUCCUAGUAGAACCCCAAAGUCUAGACUGUGGCCACAGCUUCUGCUCUGCUUGCAUUACUGGAAACUAUAAAUCCUCGGAAGCCAAAGACGUGGAGAGCAGGUGUCCUGUGUGCCGAGUCAGUUACCAGCUAGAGAACCUGCGUCCUAAUCGUCAUGUGGCCAACAUAAUAGAGAGGAUCAAGGAAUUGGACUUGAGCUCAGAAGAGGAACAGAAGGUAGACCUCUGUGCACACCACCAAGAGAAACUCCUACUGUUCUGUAAGGAGGAUGGCAAGCUCAUUUGCUGGCUUUGUGAGCGCUCUCAGAAGCAUCGUGGUCACCACACAUUCCUCAUUGAAGACGUUGUACAGGAGUACCAGGAGAAGCUGCAGGAAGCUCUGAAGAAGCUGAUGAAAGAACAGGAGGAGUCUGAGAAGUUGAAAGCUGGCGUGCAAGAGGAGAUCACUUCCUGGAAGGAUCAAAUCCAGGGUGAGAGACUCACUAUUGAAUCAGAAUUUCAACAACUGAAAGACAUUCUGGAUUCUAUGGAGCAGAAUGAGCUGCAGAAGCUGAGGGAAGAGGAAGACCAUAUUCUGAGUAGCCUGGCAGAGUCUAAGAGUCAGCUGACCCAGCAGAGCCAGCUGUUGCAAAAUCUCAUCUCAGAGGGGAAGAUUUACUUGAUGAGGCCAUCAAUUGAGAUGCUGCAGGAUGUGAAUGACAUCAUUGGCAGGACUAAGACCUUCACUCUGCAGAAGCCAAAAACUUUUCUGAAGAAACAGAGGAAACCAUUUGAAGCUCAGCAUCUGAAAAAGUGGAUGCAGAAUUAUAAAGAGCUGACAGAUGCCCAGCACCACUGGGCCAACGUGACAUUGACUCCAAGCAACAAUCCGAAUAUUGUCAUUUCUGAGAAUAAGAGAGAAGUAAAGUACACUGAGUUUUUCCAUGGAAAUGUAUCUUUUGGCUUUAAAAGUACAUAUAAUCUUACAGGGAUUCCAGUUCUUACAAGGCCUUACUCUGAAGGCAUCUUGGGCCACCCAGCUUUCACAUCAGGGAAAAAUUACUGGGAGGUGGAUGUGUCUGAGAAAACUGCCUGGAUUCUCGGGGUCUGUCAACCAAAGUUAGGCCCAACACAAACACCGUUCUUUCCUCAACAAGGUUCAAAAUACAAACCUGUACAUGGCUACUGGGUCAUAGGAUUACAGGGUCAGUCUCAUGUUUUUUACGAGAAAAAUCCCAUUUUCGUGACCUUGACAAUGCCUUCUCGUCGCAUUGGGGUUUUCCUCGACUAUGAGGCUGGCACCGUCUCCUUUUUCAGUGUUACACACCCAGUAUAUCUCAUGUAUAAAUUCUCUGGAUGUUCUUUUUCUAAUGAAGUUUUUCCAUAUUUCAAUCCUAUGACGUGUCCAAAACCCAUGACGCUUUGCUAGUAGAGCUCUUGGCACUUCUGUGUCAUUCCCUAGUUUGGUGCAGUAUCUCACUGUGGGGUACAUG